AGGGGGCGUGGCUUGCUGUGGCUGUCUCUGUGGAUGGGAUCCGGAGUGACAGAGAGAGAGGCGGGAGUAGAAGACCGGUGGUGGGCGGAAUGGCAUAUCUCUUCCCGGCUGCUGGAGAGGGGAUAAAGAGGGGAGGUCUUCCCUGUAACGGAUGACAGCGGACUCAGGUGAGGGAGCUAAUGGGGGAGUGGCUUCCCCUGGUCACGUGGUGCUACAGGUACUUAGGAUAUUAUGGUGACCUAUGGAUUCCUUCCAUGCUGUCUGUGCAGUGGGUGCAGAAAACACUAUGAACUGAGAAUUCAUUACUAGAGAAAAAUAAUUAUCUCUCAAAGAGCUGCAAUGGACGACACUGAAUAUGGCGCAUUCGUGGACUUUGAUAAAAUGGAGACUGGUGGAACGCAACAACAGAACCCCAAAGUACUGAACUGUACAGACUUCCAGGAGCUAAAACAGAUGUCCCGCCAGGGAUAUUGGGCAAAGAGCCAUUCAUUACGGGCCAAGGUGUAUCAAAAACUGAUAAAGGACAUCCCAUGUCGCACGGUAACGCCUGAUGCCAGUGUAUACCGUGACAUAGUGGGAAAGAUUGUGGGCAAGAGGAAUGCAAGCACCCUACCUCUGCCAGAAUUCGUGGAUGACCGCCAAGUUCCCACCUUCUGCCUCAAUGCUGAAGGGAUUGGAGCUGUGAGGAAAAUUACUCUCUGCAUCUCAAACCAGUUCCCGGACAUUUCCUUCUGUCCUAUCCUCCCCUCCCUGGUGGCACUGCUCCUUCAUUAUAGCCAGGAUGAGGCGGAAUGCUUUGAGAACGUCUCCCGAAUACUGGCUUGCAAUGACCCCAACAGGCGACUAGUUGAUCAAACCUUCUUAGCAUUUGAAUCUUCUUGCAUGACUUUCGGAGAUCUUGCUGGCAAAUAUUGCCAGGGGCCCCAUAAGCUCAUGGUGGCUGUGUCUGAGGACGUCUUGGAGGUCUACUCGGACUGGCAGAGGUGGCUCUUUGGAGAGCUACCCUUCACCUAUAUUAUACGCGUGUUUGAUGUGUUUUUAGUGGAGGGCUAUAAAGUGCUUUUCAGGGUAGCACUGGCUUUACUCAAGUUCUUCCACAAGGUGAGGGGCGGCCAGCCCAUGGAGUCCAGCAAUGUGAAAAGAGACAUCCAGGAUUUUGUGAGGGACAUUGGUAAGGCAGUGUCUCCUGAGAAGCUUCUGGAGAAGGCCUUUGCCAUUCGGCUCUUUUCCCGUAAGGAAAUACAGCUGCUGCAAAUGGCCAACGAAAAGGCUCUGAAGCAGAAAGGGAUCACGGUGAAGCAGAACAGAGUCCAGUCCCCUGUGCGGCAGAAUGUUCAUCUGGCUGUCCAUGCUGAAAACUUUAAGUCUGAUAUUGUCUGCGUGAAAGAAAUGCGCGACAUCUGGUCCUGGAUCCCGGAGAGAUUUGCCCUCUGCCAGCCGCUGCUGCUGUACACCAAUCAGGAGCACGGCAACAGCCUCAGCAGGUUUUACUUGCACUGUGAGGGUCACGAGCCAACCCUCCUUCUCAUCAAAACCACCAACCAAGAGGUGUGUGGAGCUUUCCUCUCUACCGACUGGAACGCGCGCAAGAAAAGCGGGAACAAGCUGAGCUUCUUCGGGACUGGAGAGUGCUUUGUAUUUCGGCUGCAGCCGGAGGUGGAGCGCUAUGAGUGGGUGAUCAUUAAGCAUCCUGAGCUCGGCAGAGUAAGUUCAGCAGCUGUAGAUAAAGAAACAAUCUCUUCCCUGGAGACCGCAGAUGGCACUGACCCUUCGGACCGCCUCUCCCCCUUCCUGGCCACCCGCCACUUCAACCUCCCGUCCAAAACCGCUUCUAUGUUUAUGGCUGGGAGCACGGACUGCAUAAUCAUAGGUGGCGGUGAUGGCCAAGCCCUAUAUCUGGAUUCAGACCUGAAUUAUGGAAGAACCAGUCACUGCAAUACUUUCAAUAACCAACCUCUGUGCUCAGAAACCUUCCAGAUUGCAACGAUUGAGGUGUGGGGCUUCAAGGACCAUCUAAACAACGAUGACCGUCCCUCUACAUUACCUUGAUUCAUUCUUAAGCUAUCUGCGCAAGGUUCUGGCCAUGUUGAAACACCUGAGCAGGUAUCGAGGUGGUCUGUUGGGGCUCUACCAUGCACUGUGAGCUGCUGCUGCUUCUGACUCUGCUCUGUAGACCUUGUAGCUGCUGGCUCUUUGAUGGAGACGACCAAACAAAGCACCAGCAAAACUAUUGAAAUUUACCUGUAAUGGGCUGACUGUCUCAUGGGACCAAAGUGAACGGUGCCCUCUUCAUUUGGCACUCCCAGAUUAGACUGGCUUCUGUUGGCAUCAGAAAGAAUGUUCUGUACUCUGUGGCAUGCCCGGCUGUAAGAGUUCAGUGUCCUGCGACUUUACACCUCCGUCUUUCCGUGGGGUGUUGCUCUGCAUAUCUGCACUGGGGUCGUACCCGGUAUCCUCAGGGCACCUGGCCUCCUGCACACUUUUCCUCCCACAUGUCUCGCGUAUUUUUAUGUUCAGUGUUCCUUCUCUUUACCCCUCCCACAGAACUAACCAUUACUGAAAGGACUGUUAAAGUAAAGUACCCCAAGUCUGGAUAGAUAUGUUAUUUGAAUUAAAAUAGGAAUUAAAAUGAA